UAAAAGUGUAGACUAUUGUCCCUUUGAGAGGUGAAAGCAAGCAGAUGAUCCGGUAACACGUGUCACUGCUGUAUUGUCAUCAUCAACCGGUUUGGACUGGAACUGCAGCGCACAUACAGUACAUGGGCAAAGAGAGAUGCACGUGGCAUGUGUUUACAAUGCAAUUUACAGUAAAAGAAUUUAAAUAAAAGCACUCACUUUAACCAAAUGCCAUACAUACAUUGUCCAUGUCACUGAAAACUACCCAUCGAGUGGUGGUUGCUUUAAAUAUAGAUUAAUGGCAUUUAGAUUUUCAACACUCACUAAAAGUCUUUUAAGUGUUGACGGGAAAUGAUCGAUGUUGGGUUGACACUGCAGGAAGGCUGUGUUCAUUGUCGGUGAAUCAGAAAGCAAGUUAAGAGCAUCGAAAUGUGAAGCUGCGCCAGCGAGAACAGCUUCAAACCGGUUUAAACGCCUGGCAACAAAAGCCGGAGCUCGUGCAGAACACACACAAUGAUGAAGGACAGACCGGGAUGUUUCAGCUCAACACAUCCGCGAUCAUUCAUGUAGUAUCAGAGUGGUCAUCUCACAUUAUGACACAAUGAUAAGACAUUUCAAAUCAUAACGCAGGAUUGUCCAAAGAGCCAGUUCAACAUCCUGGACUGAAUUGACCACGGAAAUCAUCGUCGUUUCCCGGUCUGUGGUGAGGAGCCCAGUGUAAACAUGAGCACCUGGAACACUAAGCAAGCCCCGGAUGGUGGAUGGGGUUGGGCCAUUGUGGUUGCCUCUUUCAUAAGUCAGCUCCUGGCCUACGGUUCGCCCCAGUCAGUGGGGGUGCUCUACCCAGAAUGGCUGAACACCUUCCAGGACAGUAAAGGCAUGACAGCGUUGGUCGGCUCUCUAGUGUCUGGGGUCGGACUCAUUGCUAGUCCCAUCUGCAGCGCCUGUGUUGUGAAUUUCGGGGCCAGACCCGUGACCAUCUUCAGUGGGGUCAUGGUCUCCGGAGGUCUUAUGCUUAGCGCUUUUGCACCCAAUGUUCAGUUUCUCAUAUUUUCCUAUGGGAUUGUUGUUGGACUAGGCUGUGGACUUGUUUAUGCUGCUACUGUAACCAUCACAUGCCAGUAUUUUGACAAGAGACGAGGUCUUGCUCUUGGCAUUGUUACAACAGGUACAAGUAUUGGAGGUUUUCUCUACGCUACUGUGCAGAACGAGCUCAUUGCACUCUUUGGACUCGAUGGCUGCCUUUUGCUUAUUGGCUGUUUUGCACUAAACAUCAUCGCCUGUGCUGGACUUAUGAGACCCCUGCACCUUCCGGCCUACUACCUGAAACAGAGAGCAGCGCUGGCCGAGAAGGCAGAGGAGAAGGUUCUGGAAAUGACCCCUGUUGUGGAGGACCCAAUCAAGAAAAAUCAGUCCGCCAACAUACUAAUACCAGGGGAGACGAAAGACCCUCCACCGUAUGAGAAGAGCCUCGUGAGUUACGUGGCAUUGGUGCAGCUCGUGAAGAAGAAGCAGAAGGAGUACUCUGAAUACUUGCACUCGAUGGCGGAGCUGCUUCAGAACAGGGUCUUCUUGGCCACGUGCGUGUCUUUGUUCACAUAUUGCUUGGGAGCGUACACUCCUCUUCUCUUCCUGGAGGAUUUGGCCCAGAGAGAGGGUCUGAUCAGUGGCAUCAGCAUCAUCCCGCUGGUCUCCAUCAUGUCCAUUGCUGCUGGAGUGGGGAAGCUGCUGCUGGGGGUCAUGAUGGACAUCCGCUGGAUGAACAGCAUCUUUCUGUACGCCUUCACCCUGCUGGGAACAGGGGUGUCUCUUCUCAUAAUCCCCGUUACCAGGAAUUACGCUGGGCUGCAGGUCAUCUCAGCGCUGCUGGGUUUCUUUUCUGGAAACUGGUCUGUCAUACCUUACAUGACUACUAAGGUUGUGGGAAUGGAUCGUCUGACUGAGGCAUUUGGGAUCUUGAUGUUCUUCGGUGGAUUUAGUAUAAUGCUCGGACCACCAGUCGCAGGCUGGAUUUACGACUGGAUGCACUCCUAUGACCUGGCGUUCUACUUCAGCGGGAGUUUCGUGCUGCUGGGAGGAGCCGGCCUUUUCCUCGCUGCCUUGUGCUGUCAGAACAAGAACCAGGAUGAAACCAACAUGCCAGACACAGAAUGUGUUAAUGACUAUGACAAAGUGGCAACGGUUGCCUGAAGCAUGACUACAAGAUUAACUGCUUUUCAGCAGAUGAACUCUCACCCCCCGUAAUUACAUAGAACUGAAAUGUUCUUUUAAUCAAAUGAUCAAUGUUUUUUUUACUCAUGUUACACUGAAGAAUUCUAGCAAAUGGUUAAUGUUCUGUCCUUAGGCUUAUCAUUUGUGUCGAUGGUGGAGUCCUCAGUGCCAUGUGUCAUCAGUCUCAUAGAAACAAUGUUUUCAAACGUCUCAAGUUUUAUGAGAUGGCUGUAUUUUUUAUUUUAUUUUUUUUGUGUGUAGACAUUACACUGCAAAUAAAUAUAAUUUUUUUUGUACCGGUUAACGAUUUUACAACAUGAAAAGCAUUCUGCAGUAUUUGGACAGCUGAUAAUGUCUUGUGUUGUACCAAAGUUUUGGUUAUUGUUGGUUUAUUUAUUGUAUUUGAUUUGUGUCUGGAAAUGCUGUUCAUAAGGAUCAGGCAGACAAAACUAGACUAAUUGUGCUUUAAUGUUUAUGCCUUGUUUUCUAUGCCUUGUUAUGAAAAAUGUUAGAUUUUCUUAGUGAUGCAGACUGUAUUCUGUAGUUGAUUUAAAACUACAUGCUAUAGAGCAAUAUGUAUCUGUUAGUUUGCUGUCAGGAUAUUUUUAUAGCAUUUUAGCUAUCUUUUAAUUUCUUUAUUUGUGUACUUUUUGAAAUACCAGCUACAACUGACUGUUUUACACAUUUUGCUAUAGACUGUGUAUGUUUGUUUUACUUUUUUCAACCUUUGCUAGACAUUGUUACUUUAAAUACAUUUUUAUUAUUAUAUACUUUUAUAUAAAUUAAUAUUCAACAGUGAAAAGUGGAAUGGGACACUUUCUAAGACAUGAUUCUGCACUUGCUCCAUCACUGUUUAAAAUUCAUCACAGGAAAGUUUUUGUUUAUGGCACCUUUAUGUAUAGUGGAUCUUUGAUCCUGCCAUUAUUAUUUAUUUCUCUUUCAUUGUUUUAAUUGCAUUUUAUGUUUUGUAUUAUUAAAGUUUCAUUGGGUUAAAUGUU